AAGAAGCCCAAAGCCCGUUUGUCUCGUCGUCUUCCUUGGGUGAAACCCAAAGCCUACUCACUGAGAGGGGUCGCAUAGUAGCCCCGAAAAGCAGCCGAGCCGAACAAAACCUAAAAAAAAAAAAAAAAACCAAAAUUCGAACAAGAAAAUUUCACCAUUUUUUUUUAUUUUGGGAGCGAAAAAGGAAAAAUAAUUAAAAGUGCUUUUAUCAGAGAGGGACUCGACAACUCGCUCAUGGCUUGCAUUUGUAGGGAAGUGUCAUGUUAUAUGGUGAAUUCAUGUCGUUUUGAUUGAGGGCAAUAAGUUUGGGGUAACGUUCGAAGCUUCAAAACCUUAAGAGAUAGAGAGAGAGAAGUGUUGAAAAGAGCGGGAACGUUUCUGGUGCUCGGUGCUUUGCCCUAGCUCCCAAUUAUUCGACUGUAUAUCCGAAUUCAGGUAUUCACAGAUAUCAUCUUUUUUGCGUCGAUGGGAGGGGCUGUAGAUAUUUAGGUAGGAAUGCAUGGAUGUAACUCAGGAUCUGCGCUCUUAGUAAAUGCUGAGGUUGAUUUCAUGGGAAGGGUUGUUGAUGGUGGAGUCGGGAUUGGUGUCAAAACCUCUCCACGCAGAUCAGCCAUUGAGCAGGCUCAAGCAGAACUGAGGCAGGAGUAUGAUGUUCGCGAGGAAAGGAGAAGGGAACUAGAUUUUCUUGAGAAAGGUGGAAAUCCCUUGGAUUUCAAAUAUAGCAAUGCAGCUUCAGUUAGUGUCCAAUCUACUUCUCUCACUGAUCAGCAUGCACAACAUUUUGUUACCAGUGAAGCAAAAGGUAGUUUUGCACAGUCUGCUUCAGCUCAUGGCGAUUCAGUAGAGAGUAGUGGUAGACCAGGGGUUCCUGCAGCUUGUGAACCCAAUAGUGCUGACAAUCUCUUACUUUUUGAUGGUGAAAAUGAGUUGCCUGAAGGUGAAAGGAAGUCUAUGCAUUCUCGUAAGAGGAACACUGUUGUUCCAUCAGAGCAAUCUUCACAUAUGGAAGGGACUCAAAAUGUUAAGGAGUCUGAAGAUUCGACUAUUUUUCGCCCAUAUGCUCGAAGGUACAGGUCCAAAAUCAAACGAGAUGGUGGCCGAUCAAGUUCAACAGAUAUUGUCCAUGGUCGAGGUGGUCAUGGCUCUUCUUUACUUGCUCGUGGAGCAUCAAAGGAUGUGAAGGCUUCAACAUCUGAACCAAAUAACCAAAAGGAAAAAAACAUAUCCUCUGUUACUACCACAAAAUCUGCUACUUCUAAUGGUGAUUUGGCUUCAAAGGUGAUAACUUCUGAUGAUAAGUUAAAUAUGGAGUUGGAUGGUGGGAAGCCUGUGGAAGAAACGACUAGUCAUUCAAAGGGUGAUCAAUUUGAAAGAAAGGCUGAUGUCAUAGCUUCCAAAACAAUGAUAGAUGACCUGCCUAAGGAACCUACUAUAAUUGAAGCUCAUAAAUCUCCAGUUAGUUUGGCUUUUGAGGAACCUAAUCUUGUUGUAGGGAAGGAGCAGGUAGUUUCAGCAAGUCUUGAACGCUUACCUGGUACUGGUGCAACAAAACCUGAAAAUGAAACUAGUUCUCAUCAGCUAAAUGGGGUUGCUGAUGCUAAAAUAGAUAGGAAAAACAUAUCAAAUGAAGAGCAAAAUAGCUGUGUGGCAAUAGGGACAAAGGGCUUGGAUAUGGAGUCAUCUUCUACUAAAAACAGCUUAAGCUUAGAUGUAAAUAACGAUAAUGAAGCGUGUAUUAACCCCAAAAAUGUUGAUUCUAAUGUUAAUCCCUUGGAAUACACAUCAGAAAAAGAAGAGUCACCAGCCUUAGCUGUUGGUGAAUCGGCAAAAGAAAAGAAUGAGAUCAAGGUUCUUGAUAAUGCUGCUGUCAUUUGUGAUGCUAAUACUUCCUUGAAUCAGAACCACUCACUUAAUGAUUCUACUGUCAAAGUGGAGGAAGUAAGAUCUGAAUUGCAAAUUGAGGUAAGCUGUCCUUCCAACAAUGAGGUGAUACAAAGCAGUGAUGCUGUAUCAGAAGCUGAUAGGAAAGUUAGUACUGUGCAGGGUGAUAAUUCUAACUCCAACAUAGACAAAACUUGUGCUAGUAGGCCCCAAGGCACAAUGGAUAACUUUAUGUGUGAGAUUCCUGAGAUGACUUUCUCAGGAAUAACCUGUACUGAUAAUGCUGAUACACAAACUAGUUUGGAGAAUCAUGUGGAAAUGGUGGACAAGGCACGUGAAGAUUCCAUUUUGGAAGAGGCACGGAUUAUAGAGGCUAAGCGGAAAAGGAUUGCAGAGCUGUCUGUUGGUACCUUACCUUUGGAGAACAGCUGGAAAUCUCACUGGGACUUUGUUCUUGAGGAGAUGGCAUGGUUGGCAAAUGAUUUUGCUCAGGAGCGUCUUUGGAAGAUGACUGCUGCUGCUCAAAUAUGCAAACGUGUUGCUUUUACUUCACGAUUUAAAUUUGAAGAACAAAUUCGAUAUUGGAAACUCAAAAAAAUAGCUUUAACCCUUGCUAAUGCUGUCAUGGACUUUUGGCAUUCGGCAGAGAUCCUACUAACUAGUAAGGAUGCAAAUCUUGGUCCAAAAACCUGUGGCCAUGACUUGAUGGGGUCAAGGACCAAUAAAGUUACUGAGAUCACAAUUAGCGAACUAGAUAUGGAUGCAAAGGAGUGCCAGCGGCACACUGGAAAGAACAAUGGAUUUGCUAUCCGGGCAUAUGCUCUUAGAUAUUUGAAAUAUAAUAGUUCCCCUGUUCCAUCACUCCUAGCUGAAGCACCAGCAACUCCUGACAGGAUAUCUGACUUGGGCAUUAUGGACAUUUCUUGGGAUGAACACCUAACAGAAGAAAACCUGUUCUAUGCAGUUCAUUCUGGAGCUAUGGAAACCUACCGAAGAUCUAUUGAAUCUUAUAUGGUACAGACUGAGAAAACUGGAAGUACUGUGCAAGAGGAGGUUGAAACAUCUGCUUAUGAUGCGAGAGCAGAGUUUGGAUAUGAUGACUCUGUGUAUGAUGAGGAUGAAGGAGAAACAAGUACAUAUUAUUUGCCUGGAGCCUUUGAGGGGAGACAAUCAUCAAAAUUAAACCAGAAGAAGCGAAAGAACCCAAUGAAAUCAUAUCCUGCAAGACAAUAUAAAGUGGAUGCUGAUUUGCCAUACAAAAAUUGCGGCCAACCUUCCAUUUUCAUGGGAAAAAGGCCUUCCAGUAGUCUAAAUGAUGGUUCCGUUCCUGCAAAACGUGUGCGCACUGGCUCCAGGCAGAGGGUUUUAAGUCCAUUUAGCAGUGCAGCAGCUGCCAGGGAUUCACAGGCUCCAACACAAACUGAUGCUUCUAGUGGAGAUACUAAUUCUUUUCAGGAUGAACAGAAUACAUUGCAUGGAGGAUUACGGACCCAAAACAGCAUGGAGGUUGAUUCAAUUGGGGACUUUGAAAGGCAGCAACCAUAUGAUUGUGCCGGAACACCAGCAAAACCUAAAAAGAAGAAAAAAGCCAAAAAUCUUGGUUCGGCAUACAAUCAGGGUUGGCAGCUGGAGUCUCCUGUUCACAGUGAACAGAGGGAUUAUUUGAAAAAGAGACCAGAGAGUCAUCAUUUUGAUUCUAAUGGAACCAGUGGUUUAUAUGGACAACAUAAUGCCAAGAAGUUGAAGAUAAUGAAGCAUCAGCCUGAUAGUGCUUAUGACAUCACUCCAAAUGGAUCCAUCCCUUCACCAGUAGGGUCCCAAAUGAGUAAUAUGCCCAACCCAAGCAAAAUCAUUAGAUUAAUUCAUGGUAGUGACAAGGGUAGAAAAGCCAAAACGCCUAAGAUGUCUACUGGUCAGCCUGCUUCUGGUAGUCCAUGGUCACUAUUUGAAGAUCAGGUUAACUUUUGGUAUCUUUUCUUGAAAUUAUUCUUCAAUUGCUGUUACCGUUACAACCACGCCUUGAGAUGUUUCUGGAUUUAUGUUCAGGCACUUGUUGUCCUUGUACAUGACAUGGGUCCAAAUUGGCAGCUUGUAAGUGAUGCCAUCAACAGUACUCUUCAGUUUAAGUGCAUAUUCCGCAAGCCUAACGAAUGUAAGGAACGCCACAAAAUUUUAAUGGAUAGGAGUGGAGAUGGAGCUGACAGUGCUGAUGAUUCAGGGUCCUCACAGCCAUAUCCAUCGACAUUGCCUGGCAUUCCGAAGGGAAGUGCCAGACAGUUGUUUCAACGUUUGCAAGGGCCGAUGGAAGAGGAUACUCUGAAAUCUCAUUUUGAGAAAAUUAUACUAAUUAGCAAGAAGCAGAACUAUUGGCGGAGUCAGGAUUUGAAGCAGAUAGUUCCAGUCCAUAAUUCUCAUGUUAUUGCUCUUUCACAAGUCUGCCCAAAUAACUUAAAUGGAGGGGUUUUAACGCCUCUAGAUCUUUGUGAUGCCACUGCAUCAAGCCAAGAUGUUCUACCCUUUGGAUCUCAGGCUUCUCAUGUUAGUGGUUUAGCAAUGUUGAAUCAAGGAGAUGUGGGAUCAAGGCUUCCUGCCUCUGGAGGAAAUUCCUCACUGCAGGGAUCUUCUAGUAUGGUUCUUGGAAAUAAUUUAUCAUCACCAUCUGCCCCACUCAAUGCAGCUGUGAGGGAUUGUAGAUAUGGUGUUCCUAGAACAUCUUUACCAGCUGAUGAGCAGCAUAGAAUCCAACAAUAUAAUCAAAUGUUAUCUGGCAGGAAUGUUCAGCAGUCCAACUUAUCUCUCGCCGGGUCUGUUUCUGGAUCAGAAUGUGGUCGUAUGCUACCUGCUGCUAAUGGUAUGGGCAUGAUGUGUGGGGUAAAUAGAAGCAUGCCAAUGUCAAGGCCGGGCUUCCAAGGAAUGGCAUCAUCAGCAAUGCUGAAUUCUGGCAGCAUGCUGUCCUCCAAUAUGGGGGGAAUGCCAAGCCCUGUCAAUAUGCCCCCUGGGCCAGGUUCUGGUCAAGCCAAUUCAAUGUUAAGACCUCAUGACACCACACAGCUGAUGCGAUCUGGCCCCAAUCCAGAGCAGCAAAUGCAAGUGGCACCUGAGCUCCAAAUGCAGGCUCAAAGGAACGGCCAAGGAAUUCCUGCUUUCAAUGGGUUGAGUUCUGCUUACCCUAAUCAUCCUCAGCAGCAGCAAACACCUCCACAGCAGUCUUGUGCACUGAGUAAAUCUCGUCAUGCGAAUCUUCAGGGUUCUAAUCAUGCUACUGGGUCACAACAGCAAGUGUCUGCCAUGCGCUUAGCUAAAGAAAGGCAAAUGCAGCCGCAGCAGCUUCAUAUGCAUCAGCAACAACAGCAGCCACGGCAACCGUUUGCUGCAUCCAGCACUUUGAUGCCACAGGUUCAACCUCAGGCCCAACUUCCUAUCUCUUCUCUUCAGAAUAGUUCCCAGAUUCAAUCUCAAGCUUCAAAUCAGCCAGUAUCACUCCCUUUGACACCAACUUCACCAAUGCCUCCUACCUCAAUUCAGCGGCAACAGAAACACCAGUUGUCCCCUCAUGGGCUUGGUAGAAAUCCCCAACCUGGUGCUAGUGGGUUGAACAAUCAGGUAGGCAAGCAACGGCAGCAGCAGUCAGUGCAGCAGCAGUUUCAACAGUCUAGCAGGCACCAUCCUCAGCAACAUCAACAAAUGCAGUCUCAACAGCAAUCUAAACUUUUGAAGGGAGGGGGAAGAGGACUGAUCAAUCAGAACGUUUCUGCUGACCAUGCUCGUCUGAAUGGCGUUAGCAUGGCCCCUGGCAACCAAGGUGCCAAGAAAGGAGAGCAUAUGAUACAAAGUCAAGGCUUGUAUUCUGGGCCAGGUGUGAGCCCUGUCCAACCAUCUAAGCCUGUAGUUUCUUCUCAACCUUUGAACCAUUCCCAGCCACAGCAAAAGGUAAUGUCUGGGGCAGCAGCGCUUUCUACAAAGCAGCUCCAGCAGAUGGCUUCCCAUUCCGAUAAUAGUUCUCAAGGCCAGGUUUCCACAGUGCCUUCUGGUCGUACACUAUCAGCUGUGCAUCAAUCCGUGCUGCCAGGAGCUAUGGGUUCACACCACCAGCACUGGCAGCUACAAUCACAGCUGCACCAAAAGCAUGCUAAUCAAAACCAUCCGAGCAUUCAAAAGAUGCUUCAACAGAAUCGACAAACAAAUUCUGAUCCUUCCAGCAAAUCUCAAGCUGAGCCAGCUCAAGCUGACCAACAGCCUAGGAAUAAUGCCUCACAGAUGGGUACAACCACAACAUCGGCAAUGCAUCAGGCUGGCCAUGAUUUAGUUAAUAACAUGGUACCGGUUGUUUCUCCUUCUGUUGGUGGUUCUCAGUGGAAAUCACCAGAAGCAGUGUAUGAUCCUGGUAUGCCAAAUGUUGCCACUCAAGUGGGAUCCAUAGGCAGCGCUCCUCUUACAACUUCAGCUGGUAGUGAUCCAGGACCUUCUGUCAGCCAAGGGCUAGGGCAGAGACAAUUAUCCGGCAGCUUACCCCAUCUUGGAAAUAAUUCUGGGGCACAAUGGUCACACCAGCCACAGAUACAACAAUCUUCCACUCCACCAUCAUCUCAACAACACUACCAGCCACCAGAGCAAUUACAACAAGAUCAGCAUAAUUCUCCCCCACAACAGCUGCCAUUGCAGCAGCAGCCACAACAGCAAACUAUGCAUCUGCAAGCAGCACAGGGCAGCUUGUAUCACAGGCAUUCUAAUUCUAAGCUUGAAUGAAUUGAUAUAGUUGAUGGAGCAGUGCUGACAGCAAUAGGUCCUGCUGGGGCUGGGUUUGCAUGCUCUUGUAACAGCAUUGUACAGAUGAAGCUGACUAUUUUAUUAGGGUAUUGCGUUGUGGAAAUAGGUCGUUGCCAUUUGCAGCUCUGCUAAAACCUCUGCAAUGGUUGGUCUCAAGGAUGCAUCUCUAUCAACGGAUUUUACAGCGACUAAGGCUGCUGUUCUCAUGCUCUCUGCAUCGAAGGUUCCCUUUAAGCUAUCAUCUACUAUCUCAAAUGCACUUGCCUGUAAGUAGGGCUUCGCCUGCAAUGAAACCAAGUAUGAACCAGAUUUUAAGAGCUAAGAACUAAAAUAUAGGUUUAAUGUUAUCGAACUCAGUUACCUACCCAUAGCACUAAAUUGAAGGAAUCCGGGGAUCCGGAGUGAUUCAGUGGUUCUCUUCCACAUAUGAGCUCUAAAAGAACAACACCGAAACUGUAUACAUCACUUUUCUCAGUCAGCUGUUUAGUGGAAUAGUACCUGCAGGUAAAAUGGCAUACAUCAAUGGUCUGGUGCAGUGAAGGCAUUAACUUAAUGAGAUCAAUCAAGGCUUACUCAGGAUCUAGAUAGCCUGCAGUGCCUUUGACAACGGUUGUGACAUGAGUUGCGUCGGAUUGAGUUACUUGCUUAGAGAGGCCAAAAUCACAGACCUUGGCAUUCAUUUGAGCGUCCAAAAGGAUGUUACUGCACUUGACAUCGCGGUGUAUUAUUCUUGGAUCGCUCCCGUUAUGCAAGUAGUCCAGCCCUUCAAAAAGAAACAGAUAUAAAAUGUGAACAUUUGUCAUUGUGGUAAACAAGAAGAUUAUGCAUCAAAUAUUAAUCCCCAGAAA